AUGGACUGUAACCGUAAAGAGAGAACGACAACUGUUAUGAAUGAAAUAGCAUAUAGUACUGCCUGCUGUGACACAAGCGCUUGUAUGAUUUCCAAACCUGAAUUAAUCCCAAGCAGCAGUGUUUCCAAUGGAAUGACUUGUCCUGUCUACUUUAACUCAAAGUGGCUUGAUUUUAAGUAUUCAAUGCAGUGCAAGGGUAAAGAAGACCGUUGUAUUUUCUUCCAAGAGUUUGAUCGUAUUAAGAUAAGUGGCUGUUCCACAAAGUAUUUUUGUGAAACAUUCCAAAAAAUGCCAACAUAUUUAGCUUCUGCAGGCUGCAUUAUAAAGGAUGAAAAGAGUAAUAUGCCAGUAGUAAGCAGAUUCCUCUUCUGUUAUGCAUGCCAGGAUGCCAUAUCCAAGGAUUGCAGCCACGAUAUUUGUAGGCCUGAUCAUGACACCUGUAUUUAUGAAAGAAUCCUUUCUAUCUCAGAACAAAUACAAGUUGUUGAAGAGAUACAUAGAUGUGGUUAUUCCAGUGAGUGCAAAAGGGCUGGCACCAUUCGCAGCAAUAGUAAAAUAAUAUCAUAUAAUACAUCCUGCUGUAAUGGAAACAAGUGCAUGGCCCCUGUACCGACAAUAUCAUCUUCUAUAAAUAAAGUGGCAAAUGGAUUGACCUGUCCUUCGUGUUUUGUUGGAAAUUCAGCACGUUGCCUAAAAAAAGAUAGUAUCCAGUGUGGUGGAGAUGAAAGCCACUGCAUCCAUUAUACAAAAACAACAAAACAAGAUUACCUUUCAUUGACCGAGACAUUGUUUGGUUGCGCCACCAAAAACAUUUGUGAAGCUGGAUCUUACAAUGUGACUCCAAAAGGAACCUAUUAUAAAUCUGUAAAGAUGGAUAUUAUAUGCAGCAGGGCAACAAGAAUUUAUACCCAAGCACACAAUUUAUGGAUAUCUUCCUUUGUGUUAUACAAUUUGAUAAAAAUCUUUUUCAAAAGCAUGUAAAGUAGAUAGGAUGAAUAUCUCCUUUUAACUACCUAGUUUCUCUGUGAAAUUAUUUUUAAAUUAAAUUCAUUUUUUUUUAUAAAGAUUAAUUUGUGAGAAAACCCCAAACAUUAUUGAUACCACAAAUAUUGUUAAAAAGUGAGAUACUUCAGUUAAAAGUAAAUUUAGAAAACUGCAAAAUUACUAUGAAUA